AUGGCUGACAUUUUUCCUGAUGAUAGGUUGAUUGAUUUGUCGAGUGACGAUGACGACAGUGGCUGUCCCAAGCCAAAUCCCAACUCCGGAAAGGCCGAAGACUCGCAACUUCUCCUGCCCUCCGAGAUCUGUGAUCAUGUACCAUGUGAUCGCAAACUCCUCGAAAUCGAAUGGUCUCUUCGGCUCACACAAGCUCACAAUGCUCUUAAUGAGUGUCGCACACAUAUUUGCCUUCGUCGGCAGCUAGCGCAAUUCAAGAAACAGCACAUACGUGGUCAGAAUCCCAACACCCGUGCAAGGAGGACACUCGAUGCCGUGGAAGAACGUCUGGUUAUGAGCCACGCAAAAUACUCAUGUGCACAAAAGGCACUCGUCGCUCUAUCCAAUCACCUCGACCGCGUUGGUUGGGAACGAAAACUACAGCCGCUCACGAGAUCUCACCUCCGUCCUAUGGGUGACUUCGCAGGGCAAACACAAGGCAGGACCAUCAUGUCCUGGAUCUGGCUGACGCACGGAAUAUCUAACGACGACGCUGAGAGUUUGCAAGACGCGCUUCGUGUUGAGUGGUGCAAGACUAGGGCACGUCAACACCGUUGGUCCGAGGAAGUUCGACUUUUGUUGGAAGAGAUGCGGCGAGUUCUUGCUUUUUUCAACUGGCAGGUGCAAUGGUGGGAGGACCGUAUCAGUUUGCGAACACUGACUAGGUUGGAGGUGACCGAGGGCUUAAUUGCAUACGCGAAGCGGCAGGCAUUUAUUCGACGCAGGCUGUCGGCAUCAUUCAGAGAGAAGUGGAAGGAUGUUCCAGCGUUGGUGGCCUCUGGGAUGGGUAUCGAUUUGACGGGCAACGACGAGGAUGAACAUCCGUGCCUUGACAUCCCUCAAGAAGAUUUAGUACACGAUGAUCAUUAUUAA